GCCCUAACAGAAAAGAAAUAAUGAAUAUGUGAUACAGGUCUGUAUUAGUUCAUCGGUAAGUGAUCUAUCAGACUGUGCCAUGAAAUCUCAUCGUAAUUGUUUAAGGCCAAGUGCAAAAUGUGUUCAACAUCAACGAAGUAAUGCAUUGAUAAAACACCAUAUGAUGGAUAUGAGGAAACUACAGGCACAGAAUGAAUAUUUAAAAAAUCAGUUGGUAGAAUAUCGGGGGAAUCAUAAUGGAAAUGCGGAUAAUUAUAUAUCCGCAAGUGUCAGUCGAUUAACUGCUGAUGUAAUUGCUUUAAAAGCUAAGUUGCCAGAGGUGCAGAAAAUAAGAAGUUACUUAGAGGAAAGUUACAAAGAAACUAUACAAGAGUAUCAUUAUUCAGUUGUAGAACAAUUUACUAAAUUAAAGCAUCAAUUAGAGGAUGAGCGAAUGAAGAACGAGACACUGAAUAACAGCAUAAUUAUGAUAAGUGAAAAGUUAGAAGAAAUCAUCCAUGGUAAGGUAAGAGGUGAAAGUUUUAUUUUUAAAGCAAGAAGUACACAAGUUAUUUUUAAGGAUAAAGGAAUUAAAGAGAUGGAGAAACAGUGGAUGGACAAAAUUAAUUUAAUAUGCGAACGAUUUGAUGCGCUAACAAGAGAAAAGGAUAAAGAGCUGCAACAGAAACAAGAUUUACUUGAAAAGAAAGACGCUGAAUUGUUAAAGAAAGAUGCGGGAAGGAAAGAAGAAAUUGAAACGUUGAGCGAUAAAAUUUCUGAUUUAGAAGCAAAAUUGGAAACCAAGAUUAAAGAUGGGGAUAAAUUGCAGGCAAUGUUAAUUGAGCAAUAUACAACAAUGAAAGAAGAAUUCAGCAAAAUGAGAAUUGAAAUAGAUCACGAAAGUCAAAAGCAAAAUGAACACUUAAUGUCUAAAGUUUCUGCUUUGAAGAAAGCUGUGAUGAAGCUUGAAAAGUCGAAAGAAAGAUUGGAAUACGAUUAUGAGAAGAAAAUGUCUAACAUAAUUAAGAACAAGGAUAUAGAAAUAAAAACCUUACAACUACGAUUACAAGAACAGAAAAAUGAGUUAUGUACGUAUUUGAAUAGAAAAAAGCAAAGUGAAAUGGACAAAGUUGUUGGCUUGCUAGAGGAACAAUAUAGAACGCUUCUAGCAGAAACAGAGGCUAAAGCAGAAUGUCAGACCCAGGAGUAUCUCAGGAGAAUAGCUGCCCUAGAAAAUCAAAUACUUCAUAUGAAGAAUGUUCGACUGGAGUCUAUAGAACAGUAAAGUAGCUUAU